AUGGUGAUUUCGUGGCUACUGAACUCGAUUCACCCAGACAUAGCAAGUAGCGUCAUCUAUGCUGAAACCGCAUCAGAAAUUUGGGCUGAUCUUGAGGAGCGCUUCUCACAAGGAAAUGACUCCAGAAUUUUUCAAAUAAAAAGAGAGAUUGUGGAACAUAGACAAGGGCAACAAUCCAUCUCAGUUUACUACACAAAACUGAAAGCCCUUUGGGAUGAGCUUUCAUCAUAUCAUGGGCCUUUAACAUGCUCUUGUGGAGGACUGGAACAACUCAAGAAAAUGGAUGAAAAAGAGAGAGUUAUGCAAUUUCUCAUGGGACUAAACGAGAGUUACGCUGCUGUUCGUGGACAAAUCCUAUUAAUGCAACCUCUACCAGACACUCGUCGAGUCUAUUCUCUCAUCCUCCAACAAGAAAAACAGGUUGAAGUCUCAAUUAAUCAAGGAAAUAUGAACCAUCAUGCCAUGCUGGUGGAUCAAAAUUCAAAAAUUUCUCAAGUCCAUAAAGUUCAAAAACACAAGACGCAGCGACAUUCUUCCUACUGUGAUCUCAACAAUCAUAGCAUUGAGCGGUGCUAUUAUCUUCAUGGGUUCCCGACAGGCCAUAAGCUACACGGAAAAAGUGUGAAACCUCCAAAUCAACGCCAAAAUAGUACAAAUAAUGUAAAACUCGAGAGGAACAUUGCAUCAGAUAACAACAACGGGAAGUCUGUUCAGAAUCCUGAUGGUGCGAGACUUACAACCGAGGAGUACAAUCAACUCUUGGCCAUAAUUCAGAAAACAAUGACGGUAACUCUCAACGAUUUGCUAAUACUACAGGUACUAUCAAACCAAUAUCUCAUAUUUCCCAGCACUUAA